GGUUAGCGAACUUUCUCCGACUUUCGGUGUUGAACAUCCGGGUUCACGGUGCAUUCACGUUACCUUUGUUGGAAUCGGGAAACAGUUACUUGGCCUGCUGCUUUGUUUUAUACCUUUUGAAAGUUGUUAUUUGUUUUUGUUGUUCUGGUCAAAGAGUUCAUUUUUCCUCACACAGAAGAUGGAUUCAGUGAGGAUCAAGGGAACGAACAGUCCCGUUAUUGUACACAACCCUUACCUCCAGGGGCUGAAAGAUGACUUCCUGUACCACUUCAACCUGGGAAAAGGAACACACAACCUUCCUGCUCUGUUUGGUGACACCAGAUUUGUGUGCGUCGGGGGCAGUGCAUACCGAAUGAAAGAGUUCAUCGAGUACAUUGCCACAGAGCUUGGUAUGGAAGAUCCCCAAUCAAAAUACCCCAAUAUCUGUGCUGGGACAGAUCGCUAUGCCAUGUACAAAGUUGGUCCUGUACUCUCUGUCAGCCAUGGAAUUGGCAUCCCAUCGAUAUCAAUAAUGUUGCAUGAGCUAAUAAAACUCCUCCAUCACGCACACUGCAAGGAUGUUACAAUAAUACGCAUUGGGACAUCAGGUGGAAUAGGCCUUAAGCCUGGGACCGUUGUUAUUACCAAACAGUCGGUAGACGCAACGUUCCUGCCCAAAUUUGAGCAGCUGAUCCUGGGGAAGACGGUGGUGCGUGAUACUGAGCUGGACUGCUGCCUGGCAAAAGAGUUGUUGGAGUGCAGCAAGGAGCUGGACGAGUUUGAGACGGUCAUAGGCAACACCAUGUGCACGCUGGACUUUUAUGAAGGUCAGGGCCGUUUGGACGGGGAUUUCUGCUUGUACACAGAGAAGGACAAACAAGAAUACCUGGCUAAAGCCAAGGAAGCAGGCAUCUGCAAUAUCGAAAUGGAGUCCACCGUCUUUGCUGCCAUGUGCAAACUGAGCGGCCUACGAGCGGCUGUGGUUUGCACAACAUUACUGGAUCGUCUGAAGGGAGAUCAGCUGACGAGCUCUCAUGAGGUCCUCCACGACUACCAGCAGCGCCCUCAGAUCUUGGUAGCCCACUACAUUAAGAAGCAGCUGAAAGCCAAAGCGCUCCAUAGAUGAGGGCUUUGCUUCAUAUGACACCACUUUGCAAUAUAUCAUAUCUGCUUGCUGAAAUUAAUUUAUUUCUAUUUGUGCUGGUUCAUUCCGAUUCAAGAGUAGCAUCACAACUCAGUAACAGCAUAAUAAAGCAUUCUUCCCCA